AUGUCAGGUAUUACUCAAGGUGUCAAAGAAUUCCUUAAAGGAUCCCACAAAGCUGAUUCGACUGAGGUCUGUUCCGAAGUCGCCCCAGAAGUAGUCCAAGAACACGUUCGACCCACCGAACACACUGAGACUGCCGAGGCUAUCGACAGGGAGAGACAUGUCCACCACCACCAACACCGAAUCCAACCCAUUGAACACAAACAAACUCUCGAAACUCAACAUGUUAACACCACCGGCCCAGAGGUCGUAAGAGAACACAAGGAAGAGAUGUUACCAGAGCACCAAGCCAAGUUGCACGAACAACGAACUCUCCACAACAACGAGACUCGAACUGCUGAGACUGCCCGAACAUCCGCCCAUGUUGGUCAACAUGUUAACGAGCACGAACACCACCACAUCCACGAGACUGUCCAACCUGUCAUUCAAAGAGAGACCGUCCAACCUACCGUUGUCCACCACACCGCCGGUAUCCACGAGAAGAUCCACGAUGCUCCUAUCGUCCACGAGGCUACUACCCUUCCUACCAUCACCCACGAACAGUUCCUCAAGCAAAAGACCGAUGCUGGACCCAUGUCCCACGCCGAUUCAGGUCACCAACAUCAAUUCUACGAGGGUGCUCCAAGAGUCGGUGGUCACAAGCAGGAAGCUGCCGUAUAA